GUUCCCAGGAUGGGCCAUCUUCUGUCCGUGCUGGGAAUGUUUACCUGAAGUCCAAAUGGACGCCGCUGGGAAACUUCAUGCUUUCACUCCGAACCAGUUUCCGAGUAAAAGCCCGUUCGGGUUCUGGAGUUUUACUGGUUCCGAGCGAUGCUAGUCCGUGUUUAAGCUAGCGGCACGUUUCCGGAGAGUGGGCGUCUAGUUGGUGGGGAAUAGUCCAAACAUUUGGCGCUUCGUGGACUUGUUUGGGAAACUGUGUUUGUUUUGUUGGCUUUUAAAGAGGAGCGUUAAGGAAGAUGAAAGCAGCGGAGUCCAGGAGAAAAACGGUUCUGGUUCCGAUAUGACUAAAGUGCUGUGGCUUCUCACCUGGCUGCCGCUGGCUCUGACAGCUGUGAGUCUCCCAGCACCACGAAACAUCAGUGUGACCUUGAGUCAGUCGGGUUACAUGUUGAGAUGGGAACCCGGAGCAGGAACCCCCCAUGGGACGUCUUUCAGUGUUCAUACCUCCAAAAAGAAACAUCCCUUCAUCUCGGUAUCCGGCUGCCAACAGGUUCAGAAUCCACUGACCUGCAACCUGACUGAAACAUUUGGAGACCUGGUGGGUAGCUUUGACAUCCAGGUGAAGGCUCACCUGGGGAACCGUUCAUCCAAACCAACCGAACUUAAAGAAUAUAAACCAAUGGCCCACCUGCCUCUGCCCAAGCUGAACGUCACAGCCUGCUACUCCAAACUCUGCCUGCGCCUCCGGCCUCCAUACUCGCGCUUCCAGUCGACCUACGACACAAUCGAAUAUCAGCUUCGGAUCGAGAGCAGCAACACAGACAAACACCAGAUCCUGAAACUCGGCCCUCUGGAAAGCAGGGAGAAUUUGACGGAUCUGGUUCCGGGCAGAGAUUACUGCGUCUCGAUCCGGUUCAACUACGGCCUGAUUCAACUGUUUUCCAACUUCAGCCAGCCCGAAUGCAUUUCUGUCCAAAGGCUCUUUUCUUCAGACAUCGUCGUUUCUGCAGUGCUGAGUUCAUUGGUGAUGAUUGUCAUCGCUUUCUUUGCUCUGCUAUUCGGGACCGGUUUCAUCUGUCUGAAACGGAGUCCGAUGCCUUCGGUUCUGACCUCCAUUUCUCACUUGGAAGAAGUGAAAGUUUCGUCCUGUGGAGAGGCCCCGACGUCUCUGCUGAAUGUCAGGCCGAUGGCGCCCCCUGCAGGCAAGAGGACCUCCAGCAGUUCAGAGGACUCAGACGAGGAGAGCUGCACAGAAAACUCCGGUAUAAGCUCCUCUGGAGCUAAUUACGCUCUGCGUCAGGGCGCCAACCCGCUCUCCUCCACCUCAUCAUCUUCAUCAUCCUCAUCUUCCAAACCAGAACCUCCACCUUACCGGACCCCAGACUCGCAGCUGGAGGUUCUAGUUGUUAUAGAACCUCGGCCUGCUGCUGAACAGAAACUUGAUAGUUUAGAAAAAAAGCGAACUGAGGAAGAGGAGGCGGCAGUGAACAUUGGACAGGAAGUGAACCUCCUCACUUUGACGUUUGGCUGUCCGGAGGAGGAAGAGCAAGAGGAGGAGGAAGAAGAGGAUGAGGAAGAUGAAGGCUGCCUAGAUGUCCUAGAUGAGUUGAGCGCUCUGGCAGCUCCUCUGGUUCAGCCUCCUCAGCCUGCUGAUGAUGCUGCGGCGUCGUGCUGCACUGAUGAAGCUUACGAUGACAGCGACUACAUGUGCAGGAAGGCGAUGUGAUGCGACUCCGAUCCUGGAUCAGCUGGUCUGACCCAUUUUCACUCCGCCUUCUUUAAAACAAAUCUACACAUGGAUUUGUUAUCAAAUUGGAUCUUUCUGUGUCUGUCGCUGCAUGUUAGCGCUUCAGAUCAUUUAGUGCAAGAUCUUCAACCUCCCCAAAUCCAAACCAGUGUGUUUCCUGUUUCAGGUUAACGAAGCUAAAUGAAUAGAAACAUAAACCCACCGUGCGGUGGGCGCCUAACGAGCCACUCCUUGAUGAACUCCUUGAUGAACCCGAAUGAACCCGAUGUUUUUCCUCAUGUACGUGUGUGUUGCUCUGCGUCUCCAUGGCAACGAUUCAACCCGCUUUCUUGCCCUCCCUCCAACAAACCACGGUUAGCGGCUGGAGUCUGUUCAGACAUCAGAACCAGGGUGGGCUUGAGGUACUAUUUGACUAUAAGGGCUACUUGCUUCUGUUCUAGCGAACUGGAUGGCUGAGAAUCACAAGAUACAUUUUGUUGGACAAUAAAUUGUCCAAAUCAUCAGGCACUGCCCCUCACCUAGCAACGACAGCCCUCACCUAGCAACGACAGCCCUCACCUAGCAACGACAGCCCUCACCUAGCAACGACAGCCCUCACCUAGCAACGGCAGCCCUCUGCCUAGCAACGGCAGCCCUCACCUAGCAACGACAGCCCUCACCUAGCAACGACAGCCCUCUGCCUAGCAACGACAGCCCUCACCUAGCAACGACAGCCCUCUGCCUAGCAACGACAGCCCUCACCUAGCAACGACAGCCCUCUGCCUAGCAACGACAGCCCUCUGCCUAGCAACGACAGCCCUCUACCUAGCAACCCAAGUGGAACUCCAGAAGGUUUGGUUAGUUUUCCGUCCAUCCGCCGGAUCAUUAUCGCCUCAUUUCUAUCUUAACGAUCAGUGUGUGUUUCAGAUUAGAUUCUGGCAUUUCUUUUUACAUUUACAUGAUGCAACAGGACCAAUCAUUAGCUUUCUGGGUAUUAUUUUAAAGUUCAGCUGUGAAAUAAAAACAUUUUGUCAUGUUUUGUUCCUGCACUACAAAAACACAAAAGUAUUUUUGGUCUAGCGUUCCUGAAAUAAGACAAAAUAUAAGUAACCUUUCAGCAAAAUAUAGAAGUUUAAGUGAAUAGAUCCUUAAUAUUAAUGAAAAAUUACUAGUUUGACUGGUAAACUAUUUCAAUCGCAUUGUAUUUUACCCAGGUUUAUGUGGGAUUGUUAAUAUUAAGGAAUUAUUUGCCUAAAACAAGUUCUUAUAUCUUGCUGAAGCUUUACUUUUGUUAGUUUUGUCUUAUUUUGACAAAUAUUUCUUCUAAACUAGACCAAAAGGAUUUUGUGUUUUUGCAGUUUUUUUUCAUUAGUUACAGUAUUUUAUCGUUUUAUCCGUUUGUCUGUUUUUCCAAAUGGACUUUUAAAGGUGAAUCAUGAACCAACAGCUACAUUACCUCGUUUUCCCCUCUAAUGACUGUAAACUGAGAGCAGUCGGCUGAUUUAGAUGAAGAUGGACCGAUCUUUUCUGUAAUUUUGUUCUUUAAAGCCAUGUUUGGAUUGUAAAUGCAUCAAUUCGAUUGACCUAUUUCUAGUUCAUUAACAGUAAUCAGACAGUUUAGGAAGGUUUUGAUGCUUAACUUGUGGAAAUUCUUGUCAUUUGUGCUGUCUAAUUUUAUUUUGUGUUUUACACACAAUCAUGAACUCAUAAGUUUUGUUUUUGCUCUGAUAAAAGUUUGUUAACCCGGGUGGUUAACUCUUACCAAUUCUGUAGCAGGUUCCUGCAGCUACUUCAGUCUGGGUGUUUUGGUGAAAUGUUGCCAUAUUUUUCAGUUGUUUUGUUUAAAUGGUCAAUAAUGUUAAAUAUUUUUGUACUGACUGUUCGAUCAAAUUCGCCUGAUCACCUCACCUGGUUCAUCCAGGUGAGGUGCUAUUUCCUGUGAAAUAGGACCGGUCCGUAUGGAACGCUCCGUAUGUUGUAUCUUUUAUAUUUUUGUAUUUUGCGCUCAUGAUGAGAAAAUUGAGAAUAAAUUGUACAAAAAACUGUUUCUUAAACUUCAGUCUUUAUUAUUUUAAAUUCAGCAUGUUGUGUAAUUUUGUCUGAUUUUGAUGAUGGACAGCGCUUCCAGCUGGAUGGUUUCCAGUAUUCAGUCGCUGGUUUGAUUUAUUCUUUUAGCGAGUUGCUUUUAUUUAAUGUUUCAUAAGAUCUCCAACAUGGCUAAUCAUGGGACCUCCACCGUGUUUUAUUGCUGGAUUUAUACUCAUUGAGACUUCGAACUAAAUUAAUUCUAUUUAAAUUAUCCAUGUGGGA